UUCUCUAAUGUGAUUGGCUUUCGAACAGAGAGAAGGAAAACUGCUUUUAAUGUUACAUCACGAAGAUCAUUCACUUACAUGAGUCAUCUUGACUUUGUGGGGUAUUUAAAUCACUAAAAAGUUUACAGUGGCCAGUUCCAGACUGAUCAGAGCUUACCUGUGUUGUGCCCCAGAGUGGGGUGUGCGAGGGCUGAAUGCAGAAGACAGUGGCUGUCCUAGGAGGGGGCAUCGGGGGCCUGUCUGCCUGUUACAGUCUCUGCAAAAGCCCACUGGUCUCUAAGAUAGUUCUGGUGGAAGGAGAUGGCAGGGUGGGGGGAUGGCUGAAUUCUACCCGGAGAGAGGACGGAGCAGUGUUUGAGCAUGGACCCAGAGGCAUAAGGCCAGCUGGAGCCGUGGGCCGGAACACCCUCAACAUGGUGGAAGAAUUGGGCCUAGAAAAUGAGGUGCUUCCUAUCACAUACGACCACAUAGCGUCUAAGAAUCGCUACCUGUAUGUUCGAGGACGGCUACACAAGAUGCCCUCCGGCCUGGGUGGAGUAAUGCGUACGGUCCCGCCAUUUUCUCGUCCCUUGGUCCAGAGUGUUCUGAAGGAGAUCUUUGUCAGCAGAGGACAAGAAGACGAUGAGUCUGUUCACUCUUUUGUCUCCCGACGCCUGGGAUCUGAGCUUGCGGACAUUGCCAUUGACAGUCUCUGUCGGGGAGUAUUCGCGGGUGACUGCAGGAAGCUGAGUGUGCGUUCCUGUUUUCCUGCCCUGUACAACGCAGAGAAAGCCAGAGGUUCCAUUGUGCUGGGAAUGAUGCUGGGCUCAGGCGUUGGCCCAGAAGUGCUCCCCUCCGCACUCGCCCAGCGGGCCUCCAAGGAGAAUUGGGCCCAGUGGUCCCUGAGAACGGGGCUCCAGAUGCUGCCUGAGGCCCUGCAGGACAGGCUCACCCAGGGGGGGCGGGUCACACUGCACAGACACAGCCCCGUGAAGGGGCUGCAACGUGAUGCCACGGGCUGGGAGAUUGAGUUAGAGGAUGGGACCAUCAAGGCUGAUCACAUCAUCGCUGCUCUUCCAGCAAAAGCUCUUGCCUCAGUGCUGCCCCCUGCUGCACAUACAUUGGCAGGGCAGCUACGGGAGAUUACCUCAGUGACGGUUGCCGUGGUGAACCUGGAGUACGAGGGUUGCAUCUUGCCUGUGAUGGGUUUUGGCCAUCUGGUUCCAUCAUCAGAAGACAGGGGGCUGCUGGGAGUGGUGUAUGAUUCAGUUCCUUUCCCUCAACACAACCGGUCUGGAGGAGAAUCAACCAGGCUGACGGUGAUGAUGGGUGGGGCCUGGUUCCAGGAAGUGUUUGGCAGUCCAGAGGAUGUGACAGAGCAUCACUUCCUAGAUACAGCCACUCAGGCAGUCCGCUCACACUUGGGUAUAACUGCAGCACCUAUCUACAGCAAGGUGGCUCUACAGAAGGACUGUAUUACUCAGUAUCAUCUGGGCCACUGGAAACGAAUAGAGAACAUGAGGAGGUACCUUAAAGAGCAUAACCUCCCUCUUACGCUGACUGGCUCAUCCUAUGAUGGCGUCUCUGUCAAUGAUGUCAUCUUUAGUGGACGGACGGCAGCACAGGGGCUUGUGGGUAAAGUGUAAUCUCCCACAAUUGGGAAGCAGGACAUCAUGUUGGAAAGAGAAUGCUGGAUGACAAUGACAUCCUAACAUACACCUGUCUAAUCCCAGACUGUUGCAAAUAGUAGCCUAAUGUACCUUUCACUGCAAACUCAUCAAGGAUUGAUUGAUUGAACUCCACAGUUAUGAAUAUUGACCAAUGUUUCAUCAUUGUGAAUCAUGUGAUCUAACAGUCAUUGUGCCUUUUAACAUGUAUCUCCACCCUAUCUGGAUGUAUACUGACAUGUCUAAUCAAGGAGUUGUACGUACUGUGUGUUACAUGUUAUCAUGUAUAACCAUAGAGUCGAUGGGGAUGUAGGCCUAUUUCACAAUGUUCCACCACUCAGGUGUGACUUCAUAACCUACAGUCAACAUAUGCUCCAGACAUGCUGUCAUUUUGGCCUGUAAAGAUACCGUAAAGAUAGAGUUUCACAUCUCUGUUUGUUAGUAAGUCCACAGAAUGAUCAAAAACAUCACACCAGAAGCUGAUUUUAUGUAUUUUGAAGUUAUAACCAUGAUGACUGAAUGAAGUAUAACGCAAAGUUAUUUAUAAAUUUAAAUAAUUUAUUGAACAAGGAUUGUGUUGUAUUUUUCUACCCUGUUGAUGAGCAAUUAAAGUAUGGCUUGAGGA